GCCGGCAAAGGCAGGCGAGGACCUUUGCCUGGCAGCUGAAGAAGCGCUGCCCGGUUUGGGCUUCCAGUCUUCGGCGACGCGUUUUUCGCCAGAACAAAACAAUGAAAGAUCAUUUGAGAAGUUACACAGUGAAUGAAGUAUCCAAAUAUGAGCACCCAAGCAAUGGUUAUGACAACACUGCUUUCCAGCUGAAUGAAGCAGGUGCACAAAAUGGUCAUUUUAAAAAGAAGAAAAAAAAGGAAAAUGAGGAAUCAAAAAAGGAAAAGAAGGAAAAGAUCAAGAUGGUUGGAUUUUUUGAGCUGUUUAGUUUUGCAGAUGGAUUCGAUAUCCUUCUGAUGAUAGUGGGGAUCAUCGCAGCUAUUGCAGCUGGAAUUGGACUGCCACUUCUGAUUAUUGUCUUUGGCGAGAUGACAAACAGCUUUGUUGGAACCGGUCUAGAUGGGUCUACAGAUGGUACACAAAUAAAUAAUUCAUCAUGUCCAGAAGCAGCUACAAAUAUAGAAGCUGAAAUGACCAAGCAUGCUUACUACUUUGUUGGAAUCGGCUUUGCUGUCUUGUUAUGUACCUUUAUUGAAAGUUGGACCUUUGUGACUACUUCUGCAAGACAAACAGCAAGAAUACGCGAUAAGUUCUUUUUUGCUGUUCUUCACCAAGAGAUGGGCUGGUUUGAUAAUAUCCAGAUUGGAACAUUAAACACUAGACUGACAGAAGAUAUUAACAGCAUUCACGAAGGCAUUGGAGACAAGAUCAGUAUAAUAACCCAAUAUUCUUCUACAUUUGUGACUGGGAUUAUCAUAGGAUUUGUGUAUGGAUGGAAACUGACCCUCGUGAUAUUGUCUGUUAGCCCUCUUCUUGUUGCAGCUGGGGGUGUAUGGUCACAUCUCCUUUCAGUGUUGACAACUAAGGAGCUUUUGGCUUAUGCUAAGGCAGGUGCUGUGGCAGAAGAAAUCUUGUCAGCCAUCAGGACAGUUGUUGCUUUUAAUGGACAGGUGAAAGCUAAAGCAAGGUAUGAUACAAACCUAGAGGAAGCUAGGGUUGUUGGAAUGAAAAAGAGCAUCACUACUAAUACUUCUUUGGGUGUCUCCCAAUUUUUGAUAUUUGGUUGCUAUGCACUUGGCUUUUGGUAUGGAACCAAACUCACAAUAGAUGAGAGAGAUACCUAUGACAUUGGAACAGUGUUAAUUGUGUUCUUUUCGGUGGUCAUUGGUGCAUUUUCCAUUGGACAAGCUUCCCCAAAUUUGAAGCACGUGGCCAGUGCUCGUGGAGCUGCCUAUGAAGUUUUUAAAAUUAUCAGAAAGCCCCGUCCCAUAGAUAGCAGUUCCAGUGAUGGGUUCAAGCCAGACAAGCUCCAAGGAGAGAUUGAAUUCAAAAACAUCCAUUUCAGCUACCCCUCUAGACCUGAUACACAAAUUCUGAAAGGUCUGAACUUAAAAAUCCAGCCUGGGAAAACUAUUGCUCUUGUGGGUUCCAGUGGCUGUGGGAAAAGCACGACAAUUCAACUACUGCAGAGAUUCUAUGAUCCAGCAGAAGGACAGAUUACCAUAGAUGGACAUGAUAUCCGGACACUUAACAUCAAGUGGAUGAGAGAAAACAUUGGCAUCGUAAGCCAGGAACCGGUUUUGUUUGCAACCACAAUAGCAGGCAACAUUCGUUAUGGCAGACAGGAUAUUACUGAUGCUGAAAUUGAACAGGCAGCUAAAGAAGCAAAUGCUUAUGACUUCAUAUCAAAACUUCCUGAUAGAUUUAACACCAUGGUUGGGGAAAGAGGAGCCCAGCUGAGUGGAGGGCAGAAACAGCGCAUUGCUAUCGCUCGUGCCCUCGCCAGAAACCCCAAGAUCUUGCUGCUGGAUGAAGCCACCUCUGCUCUGGAUACACAGAGUGAAUCCAUAGUGCAAGCAGCCCUUGAUAAGGUAAGCCUGCUGUCCGGCCGUACCACCAUUGUGAUCGCUCACAGACUUUCCACCAUCAGGACAGCUGAUGUUAUUGCUGGCUUUGAGAAUGGCCUUCUUGUCGAACAGGGGACACACGACGAACUCAUGGCACAGAGGGGAGUUUACUAUGCCCUCGUAACGCAGCAGGGUUAUGGUAGAAAUGAUCAAGAGGAUGAAACAGAAGAAGAAGAGACAGAUUUUGAGACUGAUGAUGAUGACGUUAACUUUGAGAAACAUGACCUGGAGGCAAAUGACGUAGAAAAUCCUAUUGCUGGCACUGAAAUGGUUAAUUGGAGAAGCUUUCGAAGAAUGUCCAACAAACGCAACAUCAAUAGGGCUUCUACUAAAAGAUGCUCUGAGAAGAAUAAGAGAAAGAAAAGGAAGAAGGCAAAAAAGGAUAAAGUGGAAGAAAAGCUCCCGGACGUGCCAUAUUCCAGAAUUCUGGCUCUGAACAAGCCUGAAUUCUGCUAUAUUGUGGUUGGAGUCAUUACUGCUGCCAUUAGAGGUGGUGUUAGUCCUGCAUUUGCAGUUCUGUUUGGUAAAAUCAUUGGGGCCUUUGGAGAACAAGAUACAGUAAAAAGAAGCCAAAAUACAAUGAUGUAUUCUCUAUUGUUUCUUCUGCUGGGAGUGAUCAGCUUAAUAACAUAUAUAAUUGAGGGAUUCAUGUUUGCGAAGUCCGGGGAAGCUCUGACCAUGCGGUUGCGAUCUCUUUCAUUCAAAGCUUUGCUUCAACAGGAAAUUGGAUGGUUUGAUGACCAUCGCAAUGGCAUUGGGGUUCUGUUAACCAGACUUGCAACAGAUGCUUCUCAAGUCAAAGGGGCUACUGGAAGUCGACUGGGCUUAUUAACCAUGACUAUCGUCACGCUUGUGACAUCUAUUGUUAUUGCUUUUGUAUAUAGCUGGCAAUUAACAUUGCUUAUCCUGGCCUCUAUACCUUUCAUCGCUGCUGCAGAGGCUAUUAGUCUUAAAUCAAUGACUGGUCAUGCAGCAAAGGAUCAGAAAGCCCUUGAAGAAGCUGGAAGAAUUUCAACAGAAGCUGUAGAAAAUAUAAGAACUGUGGUUGCAUUAACAAGUGAAGACAGAUUUUUUGAGACGUAUAAGAUAAGCUUAGAAGCUCCAUACAGGGACUCCCUGAAGAAAGCUCCCAUUAAAGGACUCACAUAUGGCAUUGCCCAAAGUUCGAACUUCUUUAUAAAUGCUGCAGUCUUCCGAUUUGGAGCAUGGCUUAUUGCCCAUUGUUUCAUUAACUUUGAACAACUGUAUAUAACCUUCACUGUAGUGAUUUUUGCUGCUAUGACUGUUGGUCAGGCUAACUCCCUUGCACCAGAUUUUGGCAAAUCAAAGGUUUCUGCCCAAAGAAUUUUUCUGCUUUUGGAUCGGAAGCCGCCAAUUGAUAGCUAUAGUGAAGAAGGUGAAAAAUUGGAGAAAUUUGAAGGCAACAUUGAAUUAAGGGACAUCCAUUUUGUAUAUCCAACCAGAGCAGAAGUUCAAGUUUUGCAAGGCCUCAGUAUCAAGGUUAGCAAAGGGCAGACUCUGGCGCUGGUGGGGAGCAGCGGCUGUGGCAAAAGCACCUCCAUUCAGCUUCUGGAGAGAUUCUAUGACCCGGGAUCAGGACAAGUGUUUGCAGAUGGAGUGGACACCAAAUCCCUGCAUAUCCAGUGGCUAAGAUCCAGGCUGGGCCUUGUGCAACAGGAACCUAUUCUGUUUGACUGCAGCAUUGCAGAGAAUAUCCAGUACGGAGACAACAGCAGGGUUGUCAGCCAGGAAGAAGUUGAGGAAGCCGCUAAAGCAGCCAAUAUUCACAACUUUAUAUACAAUCUCCCAGAGAAGUACAAUACCCGCGUAGGUGAUAAAGGAGCGCAGCUUUCGGGAGGCCAGAAACAAAGAAUUGCCAUUGCUCGUGCCCUGGUCCGGAAACCAGCAGUUCUGCUUCUGGAUGAAGCCACAUCGGCUCUUGACACAGAAAGUGAAAAGAUUGUCCAGCAAGCUUUGGACCACGCCAGAAAAGGUCGAACCUGCAUCGUUAUUGCUCACAGGUUGUCAACAAUCCAGAAUUCGGACAUCAUUGCAGUGAUCCGGAAUGGCAAAGUCAUGGAACAGGGAACUCACAGCCAGCUGCUGGGACUGAAGGGAUUCUAUUAUGAACUUGUCAAUGCACAAGUAGCUCAUUAGGCUAUAAGAUCUGUCCUGUGUCUAGAGCCAGAGACAGGAUGUAGGGAAAGUUACGGCUAAGGCACAAAGGGCUGAAAGAAGUCUUCUGUAUGUUACAGGCGGC